AUGGAGAAAAAUCGCCCCAAAACCUCCCAGCGGUCUAGAAAGGGCAAACGGGCAUGGAGAAAAAACGUGGACAUUGAUGACGUUCAGGUGGGAUUAGAAGAAAAUCGCGAAAAAUUACGUCUUGUAGGUGAUGAGGACGAUUUUGUCAUUGAUAAUGAAGGUUCGGUGAAUCAAAAUCAACCUAAAAAACUCAAAACUCAUGAUAUUCUUACCAAUAAGUCUAAAAUCAAGCCUUUGGAAUCGGUCCGUAAUCAUAACAAGAUCCAGGGUGUGGAUAAAAGCAAAGUAUACAAGUUAAUGAAGCUCUCUGGUAAGGUGAUGGGAGAAUCAAAGCUUAAAGCCAGGAUUGAAAAAGAUGGACUUAUCAAGAAAAACGUCACUAAUGACCUCUGGGAUACCGUGGAAGAAGAUACAACGCCUGAAAUAUUGCAAAAGUUUUCCUCUCACAGUCACACUCGUGCCAAAGUUAUACCAAAGACGCUUUUAGAAACAUCUCUUCGACUUGAAUCUGCAAAAGAUGAUGAGGUGGUGGGUGGCAAAAUCGUAUAA